CCAAUGAAUUUCACCCAGCCAUGACUUUGCAUCGUACUGAUGCCGGUUACUUCUUAGCAAUAAGUACUUAAUUUUACAACUCCGUUGAGUAAAAUUUGCGGCCCAUGGCCAUUGAUUAUUGGGUUCACCUGUAUUCAGGGACUUUGUGUACCCCGUCCUAACAAGCCGCCAAUCAACUGACGGUGUUGUUUAUAGUGUGCCAUGUGCCAUUGAGAAGGGAACGUAGGAUUGCAGCAUACAUCCGAGACAACUGGCACAGUACAGUACCCGCUCAGACAUAGUCUUACCCAGCUUUCGAACCUCACGCUACUGACUAGGACUGUUGUCAGUUCGGCUUGACGCCCGCCCACUCGCAUUCAUUUCUGGACAGGAAUGAGCAGCGUCCGAUCUUAGUUUUUCUUUCAUGACGUUUAUUGCCGUUUUCUACACAAACUGGCUGUUACUGUAAGGAGAACAAGUUAGUUUUUUGUCUCGACAAGGUGGACGGUAAAACGUAGACGAAGUUUUCGCGAUGUAUCAAGGCGUGUUCUCGCCCGUAGCGUUCCCGGCGCAGCCGACAGUUUUCCGGCCGACCAUCACCUUCCCACCGCCGCUCCAGCCCGCCACCACCUGUUCCACCCCGUUCUACAUGGAUGACAUCCUCAGGGGCUAUCACACGCACGCCGGCGGCUGCUACCUCCCGUCCCUCCCGCCCAUAUCCACCGCUAACGGUCCCACCAGCCUACGGAGUUCGCCCUACGAACUGAGUCAUACGAACGGGUGCAUUUCUACCAGAAAAUUUGCCGGCGUUAACGCGUCUUCUCCACAUCACAACGGAAAUAACGGGACAUUCCUCAAGUUUGGGGUGAACGCAAUCUUGUCAGGAAAGCAAGGCAGCCCGACCAGCCCGAGCGUAGAAGGCUGUCGGUGCGCGUUCUGCCCCCAGCCCAGAACCUACCCCCCGGCGGAAACCUACCUUAGCCCUGUCAACAAGGUGCCUUAUGCAGAGUCACCGACAACGUUCCCCAUCUUCAGCGGGUGUCACUGGGGCGCUCCCCCGGGCCUGCACCGCGGCAAGCCCCGCAGAGGGAUGCUCCGCCGCGCGGUCUUCUCGGACUUCCAGCGGAAAAGCCUGGAGAAAAUGUUCCAGAAACAGAAGUACAUCAGCAAACAGGACCGGAGGAAACUGGCCGAGAAACUCGGGUUGAAAGAUUCGCAGGUGAAGAUUUGGUUCCAGAACCGGCGGAUGAAAUGGCGCAACUCCAAAGAGCGGGAACUUCUGUCCACGGGCGGGUCACGUGAGUCCACCAUCCCGAACAAGGCCAAUCCCAACCCGGAUCUCAGUGACGUAGGACAGACGACGACAGGUGGUACGUCUCCUCUGAUUGGUUCCCCCUCACCCAGCGUCACGGACCAGAAAAGUCCCCCAUCCAGCCCGGAAAGUCCUGGGAACGAGGAGCCAGCUGACAGUGAGAAUGAGAAGUAGAUUUUGUCUCUAAGACACCAAGUAGAAUUAUUAAGUGAUUAUUAUAAUAUGUGGCUAAUAAGUAUAACAAAGUAACAUGAGCCAAAAGAUGUAUAUAUGGCUGGUAUUUGUGUUGUUACAUUUAUGCUACAAAAUAAAUUGUGUAACAUAUAUUUUAGAUUGUGACUUUGGUGAAGUACAAGCAGACGAGGUAUAAUGUUAUAUUACUUAGUUAACACUUUAAAAAGUUAAACGAACAAGCAAUAUAAGUUGCUCGAUCUAUAUAGCUAACAGAAGGGAAUCAAGUGUAAAUAUAUACAAAUCAAAAAAACAUGAAACUAUAAUGUGGUAUAUGAAUCUAUAAUUGAUUGUAUACAUCAUACAUGUAUAUCUUUAUGAAUGAUAAUUAUUGAUGAAGUAAACGACAAGAAGUCUUACGUCUAUCCUGUCGUGCUGAGAGUUAUUAAAAGUUAUGCGUUUUACGUUCCUUUCAUGAUUCAUCUCUCAGUUUUGGUUCUGCAAAGAAAUUAGUUUAAAUCUGCUAGCGUUCUGGAUCUAUUGAAGUUGUA